CUGUGCUGUGAGAAGACGGAAUGGUACAGGAUAGUCUCUUAAAGCGUCUCUUGCUCUCAGACUGCAGUGAUUUCCAGCAGGGCUGGAUGGGAAGGGAAUUGUAACCUCUGUAGUAACCAGUAUGUCUGGUCUCAAGACAUCAGGCAAGACGCUCGGGAUUUAGAGGAAUCACCUCUGAAAGCUAGAGUAAGGUGUUCUUGGCAACUUCGGAGCUCCGUGUCGUCCUCCCCACAUAAACCACAGUCAGCAUUGUGUUCUGGGGAAAACCUGCAGUGGUUUAUCACGGUGGUGACUCUGCCCUCCACUCUCCCUGUGCACAGUGAGCUGACAGAGUGGCGGCACUGGAGGGAAGGGGCCGAUGGAGUGGAAAUGUAUAGGCAAGUGUGAUCAACAUGUGCCAUGGUCUCUCUGUGGCAGAAAUAGCCCUGCGUGUGUGGAGAAAUAGGCUGCAGAUCGGGGUUGUGCUGGAUGGCUACCAACUCUCCUACAAAAAGAAGCUCACGCGGAGGCCGAGGCGGAGGUGCAUGCAGCUGCUGCCCGGACAUUUGUCUGACCCACGUUGACAUCUGCAGUGUCACAGACUGUGGAAACACAGUGAAAGACGUGGUACAAAGAUGUAUUUAAAUUCGACUCUGGCCUAAGAGGAAAGUGUGUGAGCAGAGGCAGCCCGGAAGCUGCAGGAGUCCUGCUGAGGAGCGCUGAUGCCACCUCUGGGGUGAUGCAGCAGCCAGGAAAAUGAACCUGAAGGAGAAUUGGUGAAAUCACGUCCGUGGGCAUCUCUGAACUCUGACCGACUGAGGGAACAAAAUUGGACCCAAACAGCACCUGCCGGGCCACGGAGUUCAGAGUGACUGCAUCUCGUGGAAGAGGAAAAAUGUAGUUAUUGGAUCCAAUCGAGUGUUUGUGUCUCUGAAAUUAUCAGCAACACCCCGUCAGGAAAGGUUCUGUUGGUCCACAGACGUAUGGCGAUCCAAGCAGCCACAUAAAGAUGGAGAAAUCGAGGCACCGAGAAAUUAAGUGACUUCGCCGCAGUCACAGGCUGGGGAGGACCCGGAUUAGAACUUAGAGAGAACUUGACUCUGGGCCUGUGUCCUGCCCACAGAGUCACGCUGCCUCCGUUCCUAGGAGAGAAGACUUCCUGCAAGAUGGAGGUGGAUACCGAGGAAAGGCGGCACCGCACGCGGUCCAAAGGGCUCCGAGUUCCUGUGGAGCCGGCCAUACAGGAGCUGUUCAGCUGUCCCACCCCUGGCUGUGACGGCAGUGGCCACGUCAGCGGAAAAUAUGCGAGACACAGAAGCGUGUAUGGCUGCCCCUUGGCUAAAAAAAGAAAAACACAAGACAAACAGCCCCAAGAACCGGCUCCCAAGCGAAAACCGUUUGCGGUGAAAGCGGACAGCUCGUCGGUGGAUGAGUGUUACGACAGCGACGGCACGGAGGAUGGGGACGAGAAGGACGAGGCCGAGGAGGAGGACGGCUCAGACGAGGACGACGAGCCGCGGGACGACGACGACGACGACGACGAGGGGGGCCGGGACGAGGACAUCGAGGACGAGGAUGAGGACGGCGAGGACGGCGAGGACGACGAGGACGACGACGACGACGAGGACGACGAGGAGGACGACGACGACGAGGACGACGACGAGGAGAACGAAGGCCAUCAGCUGAACUGUCACAGCGCUCGCAUAAUGCAGGACGCGGAGAAGGAUGACAACAAUAAUGACGAGUACGACAACUACGAUGAGCUGGUGGCCAAGUCCCUGCUGAACCUGGGCAAGAUCGCCGAGGACGCGGCGUACCGGGCGCGGACCGAGUCAGAGAUGAACAGCAACACGUCCCACAGCCUGGAGGACGACAGCGACAAGAACGAGACCCCCGGCCGGAAGGGCGAGCUCAGCCUGGACCUGGACAGCGACGUGGUCAGGGAGACGGUGGACUCGCUGAAGCUGCUGGCCCAGGGCCACGGCGCGGUGCUGGGGGACCACGCGGGUGAGCGCGGCUACGCAGAUGCGCUGGCGCCGCCCGAGAGCAGGAGCCUGAACUACACGACGCUGGGCAAGGCCGCCAACAAUGGGCUGGCGGAGAAGCUGGUGGAGGAGAGCGACGAGGAGGUGUGUCUGAGCAGCCUGGAGUGCCUGCGCAACCAGUGCUUCGACCUGGCGCGCAAGCUGAGCGAGGGCAGCCCCCAGGAGCGGCCUCCGCAGCCCGGUGCCGGCCCCCGCCCACACGGCCGCCAGGACGACGACUUCCCAGGAAGGACGCCCGACCGCAGCUACUCGGACAUGAUGAAUCUGAUGAGGCUGGAGGAGCAGCUGAGCCCCAGACCCAGAACUUUCUCCAGCUGCGUCAAGGAGGAUGGGUACCGCGAGAGAGAGGACGACGCCACCUCUGUGAACUCGGACAGGUCGGAGGAGGUGUUCGACAUGACCAAGGGCAACCUGACCCUCCUGGAGAAAGCCAUUGCCCUGGAAACCGAGCGGGCCAAGGCCAUGAGGGAGAAGAUGGCGGUGGAGGCAGGAAGGAGGGACAGUCUGAGGUCCUACGAGGACCAGUCACCGCGACCGCUCCCCGGGGAGGAGAGGAAGCCUAAGUCCGGUGACAGCCAUGUCAAAAAGCCAUACUAUGGUAAAGAUCCCUCGAGAGCAGAAAAGAAAGAGAGCAAGUGCCCCACCCCCGGGUGCGAUGGAACGGGCCACGUAACCGGGCUUUAUCCACAUCACCGCAGUCUGUCCGGAUGCCCGCACAAAGAUAGGGUCCCUCCAGAAAUUCUUGCCAUGCAUGAAAAUGUUCUCAAGUGUCCUACUCCGGGCUGCACAGGGCGAGGGCAUGUAAAUAGCAACAGGAACUCGCACAGAAGCCUCUCCGGAUGCCCUAUUGCCGCAGCGGAGAAAUUGGCAAAGGCCCAAGAAAAGCACCAGAGCUGUGACGUGUCCAAGUCCAACCAGGCCUCGGACCGAGUGCUAAGGCCCAUGUGCUUCGUAAAGCAGCUCGAGAUCCCUCACUACGGCUACAGAAACAGCGUCCCCACCACCACGCCUCGCUCCAACUUGGCCAAAGAGCUGGAGAAAUAUUCCAAGACCUCGUUUGAAUACAACAGUUACGACAGCCAUACUUAUGGCAAGCGGGCCAUAGCUCCCAAGGUGCAAACCAGGGAUAUAUCCCCCAAAGGAUAUGAUGCGAAGCGGUACUGCAAGGACGCCAGCCCCAGCAGCAGUGCCGCCAGCACCUACGCGCCCAGCAGCAGCAACCUGAGCUGCGGCGGCGGCAGCAGCGCCAGCAGCACGUGCAGCAAGAGCAGCUUCGACUACACGCACGACAUGGAGGCGGCGCACAUGGCGGCCACGGCCAUCCUCAACCUGUCCACGCGCUGCCGCGAGAUGCCGCAGAACCUGUCCACCAAGCCGCAGGACCUGUGCGCCGCGCGGAACCCUGACAUGGAGGUGGAUGAGAACGGGACCCUGGACCUGAGCAUGAACAAGCAGCGGCCGCGAGAGGGCUGCUGCCCCAUCCUGACACCCCUGGAGCCCAUGUCCCCCCAGCAGCAGGCGGUGAUGAACAGCCGGUGUUUCCAGCUGAGCGAGGGAGACUGCUGGGACUUGCCCGUGGACUACACCAAAAUGAAGCCCCGGAGGAUAGACGAGGACGAGCCCAAAGAGAUUACUCCGGAAGACUUGGAUCCCUUCCAGGAGGCUCUAGAAGAAAGAAGGUACCCGGGGGAGGUGACCAUCCCGAGCCCCAAGCCCAAGUACCCCCAGUGCAAGGAGAGCAAGAAGGACUUGAUAACAUGUCCAACACCAAGGUGUGAUGGGAGUGGUCAUGUGACUGGUAAUUACGCCUCACAUAGAAGUCUGUCGGGCUGCCCGCUGGCUGACAAAAGCAUUCGAAGUAUGCUGGCCACCAGCUCACAAGAACUCAAGUGCCCCACCCCUGGCUGCGAUGGCUCCGGGCACAUCACCGGCAACUACGCUUCCCAUCGGAGCCUUUCAGGUUGCCCGAGAGCCAAGAAGAGCGGCAUCAGGAUAGCACAGAGCAAAGAGGACAAGGAAGACCAGGAGCCCAUCAGGUGCCCCGUGCCCGGGUGCGAUGGCCAGGGCCACAUCACCGGCAAGUACGCCUCCCACCGAAGUGCGUCCGGGUGCCCCUUGGCGGCCAAGAGGCAGAAGGACGGGUACCUCAAUGGCUCCCAGUUCUCCUGGAAGUCCGUGAAGACGGAGGGCAUGUCCUGCCCCACGCCGGGCUGUGACGGCUCCGGGCACGUCAGUGGCAGCUUCCUCACGCACCGCAGCUUGUCGGGAUGCCCGCGGGCCACGUCGGCCAUGAAGAAGGCGAAGCUGUCGGGAGAGCAGAUGCUGACCAUCCGGCAGCGGGCCAGCAACGGCGUAGAGAACGAUGAGGAGAUCAAGCAGCUGGAUGAGGAAAUCAAGGAGCUGAACGAAUCCAACUCCCAGAUGGAAGCCGACAUGAUCAAGCUCCGGACUCAGGUAACAAUCACCACCAUGGAGAGCAGCCUGAAGACCAUCGAGGAGGAGAACAAAGUGAUCGAGCAGCAGAACGAGUCCCUCCUCCACGAACUCGCCAACCUGAGCCAGUCCCUGAUCCACAGUCUCGCCAACAUCCAGCUCCCGCACAUGGAUCCAAUCAAUGAACAAAAUUUUGAUGCAUACGUGACUACUUUGACGGACAUGUAUACAAAUCAAGAUCGUUAUCAGAGCCCAGAAAAUAAAGCUCUACUGGAAAAUAUAAAGCAGGCUGUGAGAGGAAUUCAGGUCUGAACAGCUGCUGUAGUGAUGGAAUCUUGCUUAAAAAAAGGAUGCCUCUUGUUUUUUGCUGCUGUAAUUUACCAGAAAGUGUUAUAUAUUUAUUUCUGUUUGAAACAGUGUUAUGCUUACAAGACUUCAUAACGAUUUCAUGUCUUGCUUUAAAGAUAGUACCUACAGAAUAGUUUUGGAAUACAUUCACAUUUUUGUACGUUUUCAUAUAAGCUGACAUAGUGUGAUAUGCCAUGUAAUGUUUAUAGCUGCUAAUGUAUGCACAUUGGAGGGUAUAUAUAUUUCUGAAGAGGUAAGCCGAUCAAAAUAAAUAGAGUGUAAAUUCUUUUUAAUGCUUUAGUGAUUAAAUGUUUUAGUAUUUUGAACUGAAAUGGACAAAAAACAAAAACAGCUUUGAAUGACAUUUGGUGGUCCUGCCGCCACUCUUUAGGUGUUAUCAUUUCGCCUCACGUCGGAGGAUCUUACGGAAUUUAAGAAAAACAUUUCGUGUGCAUAUUGUCUCAUAGCAAGAAUUGGUUGCGAAAAACAAAUGCUUUAUUUUUGAACAAUGCUUGGAAAUAUUAUGUGAUUUUUUUGUUUGUUUGUUUUAGGAGGAUGGUGUAUGGUGGGGCAAUAAAUGAGGUUUUUUGCAUUCCAAGGAAAUGACAUAUGGAUUAACUGUAAGAAAUGAGAUAAGUAAUUUAUUGUAAGACAGCACCAAGCCAUGGAAACUUGGCAGAAGAUUCAAAGCAGCUUAAACAGCACUUUUUAAACUAACUCCUGAGCAUUAAUUACAUGGUGUGACUCUGGGACCUUCAGUUAAGACAGGGGCCUAUUAGAGGUGGAUGACCCGAAGACUUCCUCUUCCAUUCUCAGUACCCUUUGGAACAAACUUCUUUUACCUCCCCGAGAGUUCCGUGCCCCUCUGAACUGUCUAACAGAAUCUGUGUGUUUUCAUUUACGCUCAAAAGAUCACUUAAGACUAUUUACUUCCCCUUCCACCUUAAACAGAAUUAUUCUUGCAGUUGUUGUUGCUGUUAUGAUGUCACGUACGGGGUUGAAGGCCCAUGAUUUGUGAGUCCUCGAGCGACUGGGCUGAUCAGUCUGCUGGCCUGCGCGGGCCAGCAGCUCCGAGAAGUGUCCUCACCCCACGCUGACUUUGAAUAAGCCCGGGUCCUAUUCAGAGUCAGGACGAGUGUGCUCCACUGUCCCGUCCCGUCCGCUGGAGACCAGUUGACCAUAGAACGUUUGCGUAGCCUUGUUUGAUCUGUCAUGACCUUCUCUAAGAAUGAAUGCAAUCAGAUGUUGAGAGUAACUAAAUAUACUUCAGCACUUUUUUGCUUUACACUAGAUCAUCUUAGACGCAUUUGCACCCUGGAGAUCGAUUGUUUUACCCGACGACUGCACUACGUGAUGCAUAAGACCACUUUCCACGGCUGCGCUCUCCCCUGCUCGCUCGUCCCUGGGACGACGUGUGUCGUGUUUUCCGAUUGCCGUUGACUUGAUUUACAUGUAAUAGCAUUCUUCCUUCCAUGUCUUGAUGUUAUGCAGGAAGUACAAAAGUACUUAAAAUUUUGUUAUGAAAAAAAAAAGAUGGGUUUUGUAAAAAUAAAAAAAAAAUAUUUUUAGCAGAACAGGACUUACAGGGUCAUUGCCCCCACACGUGCCAGUCGACUAUUUGCACUUACCUUGUCCUAUAUAUCCGUACGGAGGUGUGCAAUUCCCGUGUCAGUAGCCUCGUGACACUGACCCUGGAGGAAUCUGAGGAGGCCUCCCGGCUGACCCGAUGAUGCUAAGGGAGAUUACAGGGACCUCACAGCAAAUACUCUGAUACAAUACUCAACCUCGGUAUAUAUAUGUGUAUAAAUAUAUGUACAUCCCAGCGGCACUUUAGACUGCUCACUGUACAAAAGCUUACAGUUUUCCAGGAGGACUUUAAUAAUUAGCUGGGAAAAGAUUACGUCAUGACUUGGGCUCUGCAGCCCCUUCUCUGGAGAGCCCUUUUUCUGUUGUGUGAUUAGUUGUAGCUGCCCUGCUCAGAAUUGCCUUUUUGAGAACUGAAGCCAGGUGCUCUGCGUCACCUGCGGCCAUAUGUCCCAUCCAGGGCCCCGGCCUCCUUGCGGGGGGGCCCCCGUUGUUCAUAUCGGCACAUGCAUCUCCCCGCCCCGUCGUGUCUGCAGCUUCUUGGCCAAUAUAGUGAUGCUUUUGGUAGAGUAAUAGGUAGUAUCAGUUUGGGAUUCUAAUUGUUCUCACCUAUGUACAAUGGAAAGGGGUUUUAAGCACAAGUCUGCUGCUCAUCUAACGUUGGUACAUAAUUAUCAGAUCAAAAGUUACCCGUGACUAUUAUAUAAGGACCACAACAGUGUCACAUAUUAGAAUGCUGACCUUUCACAUGGAACUAUUGUGAGUCAUCAGAGUUUAUUUAUUAUAACUUAUUGUUCAUAUUCAUUUCUAAGUUAAUUUAAGUAAUCAUUUAUUAAGACAGAAUUUUGUAUAAAUAUUUAUCGUGCUCUCUGUGGAACUGAAGUUUGAUUUAUUUUUGUACUACACGGCAUGGGUUUGUUGACACUUUAAUUUUGCUGUAAAUGUGUGGAAUCACAAGUUGCAGUGAUAUUCAUUUUUAAAUUGUGAACUUUGUACAAAUUUUGUCAUGCUGGAUGUUAACACAUCUUACUCUAAAUAAAAAAGGUGUUACCACA